AUACACAGAGAGAGACGACCACGAAUUAUGAGGAGAAGCAGAAUUGAAGACAAUAAAAGAGCGUAGAGGAUUUUGAAUAAAGUGGGUUGAAGACAGAGAUGAAGAUCUUCCUCAUCUUCAUCCUCUACCUGAACUCAGGUCCAGUGGGUUGCUUUGAUGUGAUUGGCUACCCAGGAGGUAGUGUCGUCAUCUACGUUUCUCAUGAUAAAUAUGGAGAGCUUGAUAAAUAUUUCUGUGGGAAACCAUUAAACAAGUCUGCUUUCAUAAAAUCUAACCAAGCACGGAACUUGUGGAGUCAUGAAGACAGACUUUCUCUGUUUGACUCUCCUGGAGGGCUUAUAGUGAUGUAUAGAAACCUGAGUUUACAGGAUGCUGGAUCAUAUCAGUGUGGAGAGACGGGGGUGUGGAAUCAGACUGUGAACCUGAAGGUCAACACAGAUCCGUGUUGUUUGGGGUCAAACACUGUGUCUGGUUAUCUGGGAGAGACGGUCACCAUCAGCUGUUCAUAUCCAGAGCAGUUUAAAUCAAACAUCAAGAUGUUCUACAAAGUUGAUGGUCAAGAUUUUAUUGAAGUCAUACGGACCAUAAAGUCUCACAUUGGCAGAUUCUCCAUCUCUGACGACAGAAGAUCUAAAGUUCUCAGUGUGAGAAUCAGUGAUGUGAGAGAAGAUGAUGCAGGAGUUUAUUCCUGUGGAGUGGGAAGCGUAGAAGAGUCAAUCAGCUACAACUCCCUCUACAGAGAGAUUGUGCUACAGGUCACUGCAAAAGGAACGUCGACUAAAUCAAAGCAACCACCGCCAGCAGGAUGGGGCUCAACUCUGAAACCAACAGAGACCUACAGAAGCACAUCAAUGGCACCAACCACAGUCACAUCCGAAGAACAUUUCAGUUCCCCUGUGAUCAUCAUCACUGUGUGUGUCUGUGUGGCUCUGUUGCUGAUUGGAGGAUCAGCACUGAUCUUCUACAAACUGAGAUGCACCAAGACACAGAAUUCUACAUUUAUCAACAAUCAACCUAGAACAAAUUAUGCAGUUAAUAGUUACUAUGAAAAUGAUCCACCUGGAAAUCAGAACGCUAUCACCAUGGGUGCCUACCAGGACCAAAAAAAGAGUCUAAACCCCAGCAGCAACCAAUCAGAUUCAGUCUACCUGAGCCUAGACCCCAAAACUAACCAAACAGAUUCAGUCUAUUACAGUUUAAACCCCAACACCAAUCAAUCAGAUUCGGUCUACCAGAGUCUAAACCCCAACACCAACCAAUCAGAUUCAAUCUACCAGAGUCUAAACCCCAACACCAACCAAUCAGAUUCAGUCUACCAGAGUCUAAACCCCAACACCAAUCAAUCAGAUUCGGUCUACCAGAGUCUAAACCCCAACACCAACCAAUCAGAUUCAGUCUACCAGAGUCUAAACCCCAAGAUCAACUAAUCAGAUUC